AUGGCAAAGACGACGGCGCCAGCAAGAGAGAUAUCUGAGAAGCCGAGGUCAGGAGGAAUGGAGCUGGACAGACGGUCUCUCCUGACCGGCUGGAUUGCCGCGCAGGGAGCAGCUCCUGGGAACAAGGGCUUCACUGGUGCCACUGGCACAAGAAGAGCGCUGGCAUGGUACCCUGAGGGCGGCACGGACACAAAUGUGACGGUGCUGGUCACCAAUGUGGGUGCUGACUACACCGCACUGGGCAGCUUUGGCAGUGCAGACAGUUUUGGCGAGAACCUCAUUGCCUCUUUGGAUCGAUCCUUCCUUUUGCGCGGAGGCAUGAAUAGGCCUCAAUCAAGAGCAAAACUGCUGGACGCCAAGUCGCGGUCUGGCAUGUAUUUCUUGGAGUACACCGUGCAGAAGCCUGAGGAGAUCGAGCCUCGCCACUUCCUGUCGGCUGUGGCGCUCGGCUUUAAUGGGCGGUACAAUCGCUUCUACACUCUGACUGCCCAGUGCCCAGAGGCUGACUUGUCCACGUACAGGGCUACCCUUGAAGGAGUCGUCAACAGCUUCAGACCGCCCGCACCCAUCAUGUAG